AUGCACCGCCUGCGACAGUCUGGAGGCCUUUCGGGUUUUUUGUCUCGAAAGGAAUCCAUAUAUGAUUGUUUUGGCGCCGGCCACUCCUCCACCUCCAUCAGCGCCAUCCAAGGAAUCUAUGUGGCAAAUCGCAUGCAGCAGAGACACGAGGGUUUGCACGUGGCGGUCAUCGGAGACGGAGGCCUCACUGGGGGCAUGGCCUACGAGGCCCUAAACGCCUGCGGGUUUUUGCAGUCUCCCAUUUUGGUAAUUUUGAAUGACAACCAGCAAGUGUCUUUGCCCACGGGUACAAACUCAGCAGGUGGCACUGCGCCUGCCAGCGCCGUGUCUCGACACAUGCGCCGUUUGCUGCAGCGGCGCAGCCUGCGGUGUCUGUCCCCCCAGCAGAAGCUGCAGCAGCUGCUGCAGCAGCUGCAGCAGCAGCAGCAGCAGCCGCAGCAGCAGCAGCAGCAGCAAGACGUCCCUGCUGUGCAUGCCCCAGCUCAGGGAGAAGAGGGCGGAGCCUCCUUUUUCGAGGGUUUAGGGUUUGACUAUUUGGGGCCUUUAGACGGCCACGACGUCCUGGGCCUAGUCUCGGUCUUGCAGGUUAUCAAGCGCGGGGGUUUGCGAAGGCCCACUGUGCUGCACCUCAAGACAGAGAAAGGGUUUGGCUACGCCCCAGCGCUCGCAGCCCCUGACCGCAUGCACGGGGUGGAGGCGGCCCCACACUUGGCGCUGCAUGCAGCCAGCAGCAGCAGCAGCAGCAGCAGCAGCAGCAGCAGCCGCAGCAGCAGCAGCGGGGGUUCCAGCGCCGCCGCUGCUGCUGCUGCUGCGGGCGGCGGCGCUGCCGUGGCAGCGACGGGCCAGCAGCCGCUGCUGCUGCCGCUGCCGCAGCAGCAGCAGCAGCAGCAGGCGCGCCGCGCUGCUGCAGCAGCAGCAGCAGCAGCAGCAGCAGCAGCAGCAGGGGCUGGCCGCAGCAAACUGCCGUCGCUAACCUCCGUUUUCUCCAAAGGACUCCUCGAGUUGGCCAAAAAAGAUAAAAGUGUUUUCCCAAUAACAGCAGCAAUGCCGGGAGGCACUGGCUUGUCAGUGCUAGGUGUACAUACACCUCAGCAGCUGUACGACGUGGGGAUAGCGGAGCAGCACGCAGUCACUUUUGCUGCUGGCCUUGCAGCAGCACCAGCAGCAGCAGCAGCAGCAGCAGCAAAACCCUUUUGCUGCAUCUACAGCACUUUCCUCCAAAGGGCCUACGACCAAGUCGUCCACGACGUCGCCCUCCAAAACCUCCCCGUCAGGUAA